GUAGAUAACAUAACAGAUUGUAGAUAAUAGAGUGUAGCACUGAUCUUCUAUUUGGAAAUCACAAUGAUUUUAUUCUUAUUCAGGAACAAUACAGUAAGGCCUUUAUAUAUUAGAUAAUGGUUUUAAAGUGUGGCUUUUGAUGAGAAUUAUUAAUGACAGUGCAGUUGUCCAUAUUUGAACACAUACAGAUGGCUGAAGCUCUGUUUUUUAAACAAUUUGGAUAAUAGGUAUUGACUAUUGAGGUUAUGAUAGGAAAGUGAUGUUUUUAUGUAAUCUAGAAGAACCAAUAUUUCAGACUGAAAAGGAACCAGUUGGCCUUCAACUUGUCUGGAGUCUUCAUAGUCCUCCAGUUCCAGUUCUGACUCCAAGAUGUCCAGUGACCACGACAAAGCUGUGCUGGACAGCAUCUUCAACCCCUACCUUCCUUUAGGGGAGGGUGUCAAUUUUCAAGAAACUAAACAGGAAUAUGAAACUGAAGAGGAUGAUAGUGAAUCAACAAAGGAGGCUAAGGCUCUGGAGCUGGAGGGGGUGAGAAAGGCAGAGGCUGGAGAACUAAAAACUGCACUCCAGCUUCUGACCCAAGCUCUGGAACUAGCCCCUGGGAGACCAUCCACACUGAACAACCGUGCACAAGUUUACAGGCUGGCUGCUGAUGAUUCAGCUGCUCUGGAGGACCUAACACGAGCAAUAUCUCUAAGUGAAGGGCGGACCCGAGUGGCAGCACAAGCCCUGUGUCAGAGAGCCCUGAUAUAUCGGAGGCGAGGGGACGACUCGGCAGCUCGCGAUGACUUCCAAGCUGCAGCCAGCCUCGGCAGCGAUUUCGCCAAGCAACAGCUGGUGCAGAUGAAUCCUUACGCAGCAAUGUGUAACCAAAUGUUGCGACAGGUCUUCACCAAGCUACAAUCGCCCUCUGAGAGCGCUUGACCUACAAUGUUACACUACUUUUGUAGUAGCUUUAAUCUUUCAAUAUUGAUACAGCUUGAUCUAAGAAGAGUUUAUAUUUCCUCAACAUUUCUUGACUGUAAUUGGACUUUAGUAUAGAUAAGUGAAUAAAUUUGUUGAUUUUUAUUA